ACAGGCAUGGAAUCCAUAGAGUUCUUACCCGAACACAACGCCAUCAAACUCCUGGGGCGCGCGGAGCUGGAGCAUGUCUACAAGAGGGACGGCCUCAUCGAGGGCUUCCGCGAUGAGCCUGUUAGCAUCACCAGCGAAAACGGCUCCGUCAACUUCAACUUGCAGACCAGAGUCGCCCGCUCCGAUACGAAGUUGGUGGUGAACACCUCAGGCGUGUUCGUCCGCGGCGUCAACUCGUUCGAAUUGACCGAUCCUGAGUCCGGGGAGACUGUGUUUAGUACUGGCGCCGCUUCCAUCAACGUUCCUACUGGGCUGAACAAUAUACACGCUAAGCAAGUGUCAACAAAACGGAUCACAGCGCCAGUGGACGAAGACCUAACCCUCCGUUCGGACAAUUCCGCUCACCUUCGUGGCUCCGAAGGCACUCACAUGGAAUCCAAGCAGUUACUCUGGAGCGCUGACCAGGACAUCUACUUAAAAUCCAUCAACGGUUCCGUAGUUUUAAGCGGGAAAGAAGGCGUCUUCGUUGACGUAAAGGCGUUGCCUAUUGCGUCGACUUUGAACAGAACUGAUAGGAUCCAGGGGCAGUUUAAAGUGUGCGUGUGUAUGCCACAAGGGAAACUGUUUAGGGUGCCGGCACCAGAUGGCACUCGCGUUGCGUGCUCUCACGUCAAUUUGACAGCGCCUAAUAAUCCGUGCGCGUGAGUUGAUUUCACAGAUGGAUUAGAGGUUGAUUUUAAGUAAAAAUAAGUCAAUAAUGUACUUUAACCCCAUAUCAAUAGAUAUUCAAAUCUUACUAUACCGAUAUUGAGUGAGAGAAGAAACUAUGUACAGUCAGCGUCAAGUAGUUCGUGACACCCAAAGCGGCCAAAAAGUUGAUACAACCUGUUGCGAACUUUAUGGCUACUUUGGGUGUCACGAAAUAUUUGAGGCUGACUGUACCAAAUGUAAACACAACCGAGUCGAUUUUACAAAUCUUUGCUGUAGGUAGAUAGACUCGCUGUAGCAGUAUUAUAAAACUAGCGAAUUGUUUAUUCUUAGAAUUAAGUAGAAAAUGUAUUUAACCAUCGUUAUUUUCGAUCAUUAUUCCUAACAUUUGCAUUAGUGUUUAAUUAAUAAUGUUGUCUAAUUUAUUAUUGUUUUAUUAUAACAUUUUCAGCUGUAUUUAUUUUAGACAGUU